GUGCGGCUAGGGAGGAGAAGAGGAAGAGAAUUACAAUACGUGAUCUAUGGGGUCCAAAUAUGAUAGUUACAUGAUCAUAUAUUAUUAUUGUUAUAAAAUAAUUCACUUUACCAGAACAUUUUUCCAGUUUAAAUAAUAAAAAAUUUAGUAUAUGCGAUCAUGAGAACCGUCAACACUGAUCCUUGCUAUAUAUAGCGGGUGCCCACCAAAAUUAUUGCGUAUUCCGGCUCACUCUCUACUGCAUAUAUUCUCUCAUCAAUGAAGUACACCACAACUUCCAAACAACUUGAACUACCAAUAUUUUACUUGUUCGAUCAUUCGAUUGAUUGUUCGUAGCCUCACAGACCCUUUCAGUAUUGAAGAGACAACUUCCGAUUUGGAGGAGAAGAAGCCAACUUUCAUCAAGCACUUUUUUUGUUUGCAAAAUUUGUUCCUAUAAGAUGUCUGAAGAUAUCAAGCAGCAACUGUUGAUAAAAGUCGGAGACAAAAGAAACGAAUAUGAUCAAGAAAAUCAUCUAGGAAAGAAAAUAUGGAAUGAAUCUAGAAAAAUGUGGGUGAUUGCAGCUCCAGCCAUAUUCACCAGAUUCACAACAUUUGGGACUAAUGUAAUCACUCAAGCAUUUGUGGGUCACAUUGGAGCAAUCGAGCUCGCCGCAUACUCUUUGAUUCUAACUGUUCUUCUGAGGUUUGGAAAUAGCAUUUUGCUCGGAAUGGCUAGCGGAUUGGAAACUCUAUGUGGCCAAGCUUAUGGAGCAAAACAAUAUCACAUGCUUGGGAUAUAUCUACAGAGAUCAUGGAUUAUCUUAACAAUAUCAACAACUGUGAUCUUACCUCUUUUCAUUUUCGCAUCCCCAAUUUUGAGAGCUUUAGGACAGGACGAAGAUAUCGCGAAAGAGGCCGGAAAAAUCGCGCUUUGGCUGAUUCCGGUGGUAUACUCUUAUAUUUUAUCUUUAACCUGCCAGAUGUUUCUCCAGUCACAGAGUAAGAACAUGAUCAUCGCCUACUUGGCGGUUGUUUCGCUAUCGAUUCACGUGUUUCUCUCGUGGCUUUUAACGGUUAAGUACAACUAUGGAAUCCCUGGUGCCAUGAUUUCUAUGAUAUUGGCUUUCUGGAUUCCUAAUGUUGGCCAGCUCCUUUUUAUCUUUAAUGGAGGAUGCCAAGAAACCUGGAAAGGGUUUUCUUCCUUGGCUUUCAAAGAUCUCAUCCCCAUUAUGAGGCUCUCCUUAGCAUCGGGUGCUAUGAUAUGCCUUGAGCUCUGGUACUACACUAUAUUGAUUCUUCUCACGGGGACGUUGAAGAACGCAGAAAUAGCUAUUGAUGCUCUAUCUAUUUGCAUUAACAUAAAUGGUUGGGAGAUGAUGAUAUCUCUUGGCUUCCUAGCUGCUGCUAGUGUUCGAGUUGCUAAUGAGCUUGGAAGUGGGAGUGCCAAUGCAGCAAAAUUUUCUGUAUGGGUUACGGUGUUAACAUCGUUGGGGAUCGGAUUCGUAUUGUUCAUAUUCUUUAUGUUCUUCCGGGAACGUCUCGCUUACAUAUUUACCACAAGUAAAGAUGUUGCUAUAGCAGUUGGUUACUUAUCACCUUUGUUAGCAUUCUCAAUACUCUUGAACAGUGUUCAACCUGUUCUUUCCGGAGUUGCUGUGGGGGCAGGAUGGCAAAGCAGCGUGGCAUAUGUCAAUGUUGGUUGCUAUUACUUGAUAGGGGUGCCUAUUGGAGUAAUUCUUGGUUAUGUAUUCAACUUGCAAGUUAAAGGUGUUUGGAUUGGGAUGUUGAUUGGCACAUUAAUGCAAACUAUUGUACUUGUUGUAAUGACACUCAGAACUGAUUGGAAUAAACAGGUCUUAGAUGCUCAGCAAAGAGUCAAUAAGUGGUUUGUGCAGUCUGAUGAGACUUGCUCGCAAUCCAAUUGACAAAAAGUUAUGAUUAUUAAUUGUUUUCCUGAUCAAUGUUCAAUACAAUAAAUCGAUUGGUAAUUGAUAUAUAAUGUCCAUUUAGGCUAUUGCAUGCUUCAAGCUCCUUCUCUGUUUGGUGGGAAUGUAAAAUGUCACUAUGAUAAAGUGAACUUGAAUGUAUGACUAGUUAUAGUAUGGCAUUGUUUUUUUCUCGAGAAAGAAGUACGAAGAUUAAACUUAGAAGAACAUUGAGUAAUCUUUUUCGUGUAUUCUUUCUUUCUUAUACCAGCCA